UGAAUCCUGGAAUGAUAUCGUGUCGAAACUAUCAGCACGAUAGGAGGUGCAACUAAAUAUAUGCUACGUACUUGAUUUUGUUAGGGAGAAUAAUGGAGUUAUUUUUACUAAGAAUAAUGUCAUGUACAAAUAAAUUUAAAUUCCUUAACAAAUAAGAUUUACAAAUGGGGUUUCCGUACAGGUUGGAUUAGAGCUUGACCACUUAGGAAUGCCUUAACAUCCAAUGUCCUCUUACUGCAUAUCUAUCAGUAACAUGGUGCAUUAGUGUUUUUACUGAUAUCUGCCAGAAAGAAGCUUCAGUUCAGAACACAGAAGAGAUGCAUUGAGGAUUUUAAGGUAGCAUAUCAGGCCACUGGCCACGGACCAUAUAUCAUCUUUGUCUAGCCAAGUGCCAAAUUAGUGCUCACGAUUCAAGAUAAAUUUCUGCAUGGUACAACUGUGGUGAGCCAGUGAUACUUCAAAUUUCUAUUAAUUUUCGGUUUUACCAGAAAUGUUUUUGCAAGAAAUAUUUCCAUAGUUUUAAUUUCUGAGCAAACUACCUAAAGGAACAUCAGUUAAUGCUAUAAGUGAAAUUCUCAUCAUACUGAAUCAAUCGUUUAAUCAGUUUGUGUUUACUUCCACAAAGAACAACGGUUAAGCUGGGUUGAAAAAUGACCUCCAAAGCAGAUUAUCCAAUUCUCCGGGUCUAAUCUUAUCUUAAACAUCUCAGCUUCUGUUAUCAUUAUGGCCGACUAUGAUGGUUUUGUUGAAUCAUUUUUUUUACAUGUUUUGUCAUUUGGUUAGCUGCUUUGAUAUGUGGAAAGAUGAUUUUCUAGUAUAAAAAUGAUGUAUACCAUCUUAAGAAAAUUCUACAUAAACAUGAUUCCACGUCUAAAAUUUGAGAUCUUGAGCUCGCGUGCGUGACGGCGCAAUGCAACCUGAGCCGCAUGAUUUUUCAAGGGUUAAGUGCACUUUUGGUCCCUUAAGUCUGGUAAAAGUCUAAUUUCAGUCCCUUAACUCUGUUUUGGCUUAAAUCUGCCCUUGAACUUUUAAUUAAGUCCAGUUUUGAUUCCUGGCAGCUUAAUGAUGGUUUACUGGUUUUGGACUCUUUUUUGCCACCAUGGACAAAAUUGGCCAGUUUUAAUCUGCGUGGGAUUAUUUGUCAGCGAAUAGAAGAAAUCCCCUUGCCCUAACACACAGGUGCGCUGCCUCCACCUUUCUUGCUUGGUGCAGCCGUCCUCCACACUUCAGCCGCCCCCGCCUUUCCUUCCGACACAAAAGCCCUCGCAUGUCUGCCAUUUCUUCCUUUCCCCCCCGGCUUAUCCGCCCACGUAGUGUCAGGCGCUGCCGCUAGGUGUUGGGGAAGAGUUAGGGUUACUACGCCAAACAGGUAAUGAUCACGAUCUGGCAGGCAAACGCUCGUAAUGCCAAGUGCAUAACUGAUAUCGAGGUGAUAUGGACCUAAGUGGACUAAAUCUCUCCAAAUAUGUCCAUGGUGACAAAAAAAGAGUAAAAAACCAGUUAAUCAUCGUUAAACCUCUGCCAGGGACCAAAAUUGGACUUAAUUAAGAGUUCGAGGGCAGGUUUAGACCAAAAUAGAGUUAGGGGACCAAAGUUAGACUUUUGCAAAACAUGAGGGACCAAAAAUGCACUUAACCCUUUCUUUUAUUCUGAAAAUCAGUCGCAUCUACAUAUUCCAGUGACUUCCGGAUCAUGUAUGGAACCUAAACACACCUUGACACCAGUGACAUAAAUCAGCAUCAUGUGAGAGGUCAUGUACUCAUGGUUACCAUCACAACACAAAUAGUCUGGGUACAAAUACACAACUCAAAAUAGGGUAGCAAAAAUGAAAAAAAACUCAACCAUAUAAUUAAACUAAACAAUAAAAAGAACAGCGCAACCGCAACAAUGUUGCACUCAGUUCCAUUCCUUUGCUCUGUAUGAGUACAGAGAAGAAGAUGUAGCACCACAGACCACAAGAACAACAAACCCGCGAGAUGAUUCGCCCAGGAGACUUUUCCUUUAUAACCUGCAAUUAAGCUCCUUAGAUCCCUCCAUGAAAUUAAAGAAGAGCACAUGGGUCUGGCCACAAACACCGACUAAUCGCAAUUCUGUACGUGCAAGAAACAUUUUAAACCAUAUCCUGUACUAAGUAACCUAGUGCCAUAGUUAUGAGCUCCAGUUCAGGUCAAACCUCCUUGUCUCCGGAGUUGAGCCGGGGUUGCCUUCAACCCCAGACCUCUUUACCUGCAAUGUUAAACACCAUCUAUCAUGGCGAAUGAUGGCGAGAUAUUAUACGCAUCGGUAAACUGAAUUUGAUCUUUGAUCCCGAGGCUGAUAGCACUGGCUCUGGAUCCCAAACCAUCCAUUACUGCUUCCAUUUGCCUGAAAACGAGGCAUUGAUGGUGUAAUUAGUCCUAACAAAGAAAAAAAGAGUUCCAUAUGGCUCUCUCUUAACUAUGUAGAGGAGGAGGAGCAGCAGCAGCAGCAUUGACCAAACCAAUUGCAACACACAAACCAAAACAGCUUUAAGUGAGUUGUAUGCUAUCUCAUCAUUAAUCAAGGUGGGAUUUGGAAGCAAUCUUGGGGGAUUACAUUAGUGAGUUAUGACUUAAGCUAGUUUCAAACUUUUCUUAAAUGCAAGGGCUCACCCUCUUUAAGAAGUCAACUCUCAGAGUUAAUAUCAGCUGUCAGCAAUUAAACACAGCGAGCGAGCUGGAAACAAACAAAAUCCCCAACGGAGCGGGCGAUGAUAUUAGAAGAAGGGAAGAGGGGGCUGCUCUUAUGUGCAUGAAACAAAUUGGCAUUGAUGUAUUGCUUAUCUCUUCGUCAUUGCUGUAUGAGGAUGCGCACCAGAGGCAACCGCGCGCAUGGGUGCACACAUAGGCCUUGCGUUUGCACCAUUUAAAGGCCUAAAAAUUGCAGAGUAGCAGCAUAUAUCUUCAAGAACCCCAUAAAACCAUGGAUGGCUCAACAUUCAAGUCUAUUCAGUACUACUCCUUUUUUAGCUACGCAGUGCAUUUGAGACACUGUGCCCAAUUGAAUCCCAUUCAAGAUCGAUCACAUUCAAGUUAUGAAAUCGAUUGGGGGCCAGUCAAAUUUUUAUAAGCUUUCGAAGCAAUUAGAAGGACACAUAUUGAUGAGGUUCAACUGUCAACUACACGUCCAAUAAUAAUAAUUGUCAUAAUUACCUGACGAGUGUAUCAAACUUCCUGGCAUGUACAUUUUCGAGAUAUAAAAGCUGUAGGAGGCCAGUCAUUUGCAAACUUUUGGGACGUUUGAAUUGCCAUGAUGUCUCAUGUUUCAAGUAAACGCAAUUUUGAAAAUGACCACGCAGCGAGGAGAUUGUCCCGCUCGUAUAUGCGGAUUCUGUUUCGAAAACAUGACAGAAAGGAAGUGUAGGGUAAGGGCUAAUACUAUUGGCAAGCCGAAAGCACUGGCCAACAGUUUCAAAACCAGAAUAAAAAAGAAGAUUCGUCAUUGAUUUUCUUCAUUAGGGUGUGGAUGAAAGAAAAGCAAUGCAGAACGUGUAAAACUUUAACUGCAGCUACAUGCUCCGGGCUCUGUACUCUCCAUUUAGAUUGCGUAUCUUGUGUGCAUGAGUAGCCCUCUCACCUCGCACCUCUCUUCCACCCAGACACAGAUUAUUCAGCCAUGCCACUCUCCCUCCAACCAUGAUUUCCUGGGUAAUAAAAUGCCUCUCCGUGUACAUGCUCGCAAGAGAGAGAAGCAGAGUACCUCUCCUCACUGUUGCAUUAAACAAAACCAAUUGACCUCUCCCCGUCCAUCUUCCCUCCCCCACUAUAAAUACUUGCCAUCUCUUUUCCAACCACACCAACGCUCCUAUCAUUCCAACGCUCAGAGUUCUCUCCUUCCAGAGCAUCCCCUCCCUGUCGCUGCACGCCUCCUGCCUCUCCAACAACGACCUGAGGAUGAGCCGCAGCAACAAGAGGAGCUCAUCAAAGGGCCUCGACCUGAAGCUGAACCUCUCGCUGACGACGAGAGGGGACUCCUCCAACAACAGGGUGAUGGCCAACGAUGAGGAGUCGUCCCCGAGCUCCUGCCUGUCUUCGGAGAACGAGCACGGCCUGCAGUGGUCCAACAGCCCCGAGGCGACGUCCAUGGUGCUUGCGGCCUGCCCCCGCUGCUUCAUCUAUGUCAUGCUCCCGCAGGAUGACCCUCGGUGCCCCCAGUGCAAGAGCCCCGUGCUUCUCGACUUCCUCCAGGACAAUACCAGCAGCAACAACAAGAGCAGCAACGGCAGCAGGAAGAGCAGGAGGGGGUGAAAGAAGAGAACGGUCAAGAGGCAGCUCUCCUUUGGCAUCAAGAAAAAUGCGUUUAUAUGAAUGAAGUCCUAGGUCCAGUAGUUCUCUUUCGUUUGGUUGUUUCUUCAGUGUAACCAUGAUAUGUCAGUACUAAGAUCGUGAGGCUGGCAUAUUUCCAUGUGCUAGUGCCGCGAUUUCGAUAUAUCAUGGGUACACUGGGGACUAUAUCCCCUCUCCUGGGUUCUUCUCUAGUGGUUCUAAAUGAAGUAGACUUCUUUAGGCAUAGGACCAGACUUCUUCUCUUUUGUUUCUUAUUUUCAAGACAACAAAAAAAGUUUAUCCCUGACGUCUCGAGUCAG